AUGAGACGAGGUUCAUCGAAUCAGUAUGAAUUAGAUAAUAGCCAGGAUAGGCUUCACAUAGGGGGUAAAAUGCCCUUGCUCUCCGAGGUGGACGAAGAAAGUUUAGCACAAUCGAAUGGAGUUGGAACGACUCCAGGGUUUUCUAGGCGUCAGGUACCGCCUACCCUACCUCACCCGCCUUUAAAUUUGACUCCUCAACAAUUAAAGAGACGUCAUAUAAUAGCGGCAAUUGUACAUAGUGAAAAUUCUUACGUUGCGACUCUUCAAAGGCUUGUAAAUGAUUAUAAAAAACCUCUCGAAGAAUCAUCUCCGGCAAUUCUUUCGUCUAGUAAAAUCUCCACGCUCUUUUUGAGACUUCCUGAAAUUUUACAAUGUCACACGUUGUUUCGCAUAGCACUCGCAGAAGCCAUAAGAACGUGGGACAAAGACGAACGGAUCGGAGAUGUUUUCGUCGCAUCUUUUUCCAAAAGCAUAGUUUUAGACGUUUAUUCGGGUUUUAUAAAUAAUUUUUCCGUAGCCAUGGAUUUAGCUAAAACUGAAGCUAAAAGAAAAAGUGCAUUAGCUGAUUUUUUAAAGGUGAAACAGAUUAGUUCGCAUGACAGACUCUCUUUUUUCGGUUUGAUGGUAAAACCGGUACAAAGAUUUCCACAAUUUAUUUUGUUUUUACAAGACUUACUUAAACACACGCCGCAAGGUCAUCACGACAGAAUGUCUUUGCAGUUGGCUUUAACACAAUUGGAAUCCUUGGCGGAAAUGUUGAACGAAAGAAAACGAGAGUCUGAACAAUUCCAGGCUUUUAAAGAAAUGUUGCGUCACGUUUCGGGAAAAUUUGCACGUCCAUCACUAUCCGACUCUGACAGAUAUCUACUUAGGGAAGAUAACGUCACGCAAUUAGAAUUUAAUCAAAAUGGAGUGGUGACGAAAACGAAAAAUAGAAGAUUAUUACUUCUUAACGAUCUCCUAGUCUGUGUUAGUGUUGCUCCUAAAUCCGCGGAUGAUUUUAGCAGUAGCGAACGUUUAACACUAAAGUGGUCCCAUCCUGUGACUGAUAUAGAGAUUCAAGACACAAGUGCGUCGCCUACGCUAAGCAGAUUAUUAACAGCCGGUUUAAAUAGGUCGGGAAGUCUGAAAAAAGAAUCAACCGCUGAUGGUGGAACGAAUCAUCAACCCGUGGAUAGCAUUUGUCAAGAAAUGGCGGAUUUAAUGCACGAUUACGAAGUACUUAGUAGAAUUACCGAAUGGGUUGGAACUUUGCGCGGAAACUAUAAAGCGCUUACAGUGGAUUCAAUGAAAAAUUUACUCCACGAUAUUCAAGCGGAAAUUCAAAAGAAGGACGAAGUCAUGUCUUGGGUUGAUUCUUGUUGCCUUCAGAUUACGUUGAAGAGUAAAAAUAAAGAAGAGACGGUUACGUUUCAAACGGAUAAUCCAUCUGUUAAAAAAGAAUGGAUUACCGAAUUAAGGUUGGCACAAUUAGCUUUGGACAUAAAUAAUUCACCUGCAUGGGAAAUACCUGAGGAGGAACAAAGGCCGAGCACGAAAAUGCCAUUAUUUGUUAAAGCACAAAGUGUUUACUCAUCUAAACACCAAACCGAGGUUCAGAGUGGUUGUUUUUACACGGUGGCCAUUAAUAAACCCUCUGCUCGUCACAGGAGAUUACGUCAUCAAAAUUAUUUAUGGGUUUGCACAUCUGACGGUGUGAGUUCUCACAUAUCAAUAUUGGCACAACAGGCACAUCAAGCGAGUCAAUUGAAAAACGUACAAGCUUUCGAUUUAGUUGAAACACGUGUGACGUGUAUGGAAUUCGUUAAGGGAGUCGAUGGACCGGGUUUGGAAAGUGAUUUGGUUUGGAUGGGAACAAACAGUUGUCGAAUAUUGAUUUAUUCUGCGGGCGAACCGGAAAAGGAAGAAGAGAUAGCAACGUUUACAGUCGCCGCGGUACCCGUGCAAAUCCGCUAUCACAGCAAUAGCGUUUUUGUCGCUUCCGCAAAUGGAAAUCUAAUAAUUUACCAAAGAAACGAUAGCGGAGGUUGGCCUACUACUCCUAAUCUCACAAUUAAUUUAGGAUCUGAUCCCGUAUCGAGUCUGCUCCCUAUAAAUACGUCACUGUAUGCCGCCUGUGGGAAAAAAGUUUCCGUUCAUUGUAUUUUCACGGGUGAAAUUCAGAAAAGUUUUAGCGUUUUACACGAUCAAGUCGGAAAUGUAAAUUUAAUGGCUCAUUCAGGUGUGGGCCUUUGGAUUUCUUUAAAAAAUUCUUCCACCAUUUGUCUUUACCACACGGAAACUUUUAAACAUUUGCAAGAUAUAAACAUAGCGAACAACGUUCUCAGAGUGACGACUCUCAUAUCCGUCACGUCUUUGAUGGCGUGCAAAGGACUUUUAUGGGUCGGUACAAACGUUGGCAUUGCUUUGACCAUUCCGCUCCCGCGACUCGAGGGUGUUCCGAUCAUUUCCGGACGCGUCAACAUAUCUUAUCACGCUCACUUUGGUGCCAUAUCCUUUUUACUGGCUCUUCAGCCUAAAAGUUACAUAUGCGUGGGUAAAAAGAAUUCGGAUGAGAAAAAAUUAUCGGUUGAUAAAUCGAAGCAACAGGUGGACAGGACGACGACGACGACGGCAUCGCCGAUAAUGUUGAGAAAGAAAAAAGCCGUUAAAGAAAGCGAAAACCUACGAAGGAUGAGCAAAACUUUACCACGUGGAAUUUUCUCGUCGAGUUCGAGUUCUCAGAGCAGCAACGAAGCCUGCGACGUGUACGGACUAUAUGGAGAAUUGAUGAACUGUAAAGAUUUCGAAAACGAGGAAGCCGCGAACACGGAUCCCAUUUACGAAAGUCUGAGGAGGAGCGAUCCGGAUUUAUCGGCUUUGCCGGGUAAAAUAAGCACAUUGGACAGGAGGUUAAAAUUGAAAACGUCGAGGCCCAGGAGUUUAGAUUUAUCCAAUUGGAGCGUGGAAUCUCACACUUCGAGUGUAUAUACGUCGUCGGGAAGUGAAGAAUGUGUUCAAAAGCAAAGAUCCGAGUUAAAUAGAACGAAUUCGAAUAAUGAAGGGAAAACGGUUAAAAAUAAAGAUUUAAAACGUUCCGGAUCGACGGGAGCUCUUCCGAACGUGACAUUCGAUCAAGAAUUAAUUAAAUGUAGACGUACUGUUGCCAAAAAGGAUGAAAAAAAUAAAGAAGGCGAAGAAGAAGAGGAAGAAGGUAGAGAAGGAGGAGGAGGAGGAGGAGGAGAAGGUGAAGAAAUGAAAAAGAAGAAAAAUGAAGCCAAAGUCGAAAGGUGCAAAACUUUAAGCAAAUGUAAAACAAUGAAAGGAACCGCCGCGGAUUGUGGGAGGCGAACAAUCAUUACUUUAAUGGGGGGUCGUGGUUACGUCAAUUGGAGGCAAACGUGUUGUUCGACGGAUAAAUCAAAAUUAUCGACCGUUAAAGAACCCGAUAGUAAUGAUGCACAUAUAGUUAUAUGGGAAAUGAAAUUAUGA